AUGGAACCGUCUCAAGUGCUUUACACUCCCGGAGAUAUCAUAGAUCUCAAUGUUAAUUUGACAGUGUUUGAUAGAGCGUAUGAAGAGUUAAUGGUUCAUACAAUAGCUGCAGCUUCAAACGAAUCAUCAUCGUUUGAACAAAAGUACUAUGCAGCUGAGGUUGCCUCGUUGAGAACUUUCAAAAGUAUGUAUACGAUGAUGCAAUGUACACCGGAUGUUUCCUCACAAGAUUCUUUUGAUACUAUUACAUUGCCACCACCUUCACCUCCACCGCAUCCGUCACCACCUUCUCUGACUCCUCUGGCUAGUGAUUGUGCAAAUACAACCAAGAAAGCUUAUGCAGAUGGAAAAGCAAGUUUGACAGGGACUAUUGUGGCAAUUGUUGUCCCCACCAUCGUUAUCGUGGCAGUUCUUGUUGUAAGAUUCACGGUUUGCAAAAGAAAGAUAUCAGAACAAGUAACUAAAUUUCAAGUGCAGUUUAGUGUUAAGACAAUCGAAGCUACAACUGAUAAGUUUUCAGACAGUAAUCUAAUAGGACAAGGUGAAUUUGGUGAAGUUUACAGGGGCGCGAAAGUGUUCAAGAACGAGGCUGUUCUUGUGAAAAAGCUUCAGCACAAGAAUCUGGUCAGAGUUCUUGGCUUUUGUUCGGAAGGAGAAGAAGAAAUACUCAUCUAUGAGUUUGUACCCAACAAAAGCCUCGACUAUUUUUUGUUUGGUAUGAUCCUGAAAAGCAAGGAAAACUUGACUGGACAAGAAGGUACAACAUUAUUCAAGGGUCUGCUCGAGGGCUUCAAUAUCUUCAUCAUUGUUCAAGUCUAA